AUGCGUGAGAUCGUCCACAUCCAGGCCGGCCAGUGCGGCAACCAGAUCGGCGCAAAGUUCUGGGAAGUCAUUUCCGACGAACACGGCGUCGACCCGACUGGAACGUACACCGGCGACAGCGACUUGCAGCUGGAGAGAAUCAACGUCUUCUACAAUGAGGCCACCGGAGGGCGCUUUGUCCCUCGUGCGAUCCUGAUGGAUCUGGAGCCCGGUACAAUGGACAGCGUCCGCGCAGGCCCCUUCGGUCAGCUGUUCCGCCCCGAUAACUUUGUCUUUGGACAAACAGGAGCGGGCAACAACUGGGCCAAGGGCCACUACACGGAGGGUGCGGAGCUCAUCGACAGCGUUCUGGACGUGGUGCGCAAGGAGGCGGAGGGCUGCGACUGCCUCCAGGGAUUCCAAAUCACACACAGUCUUGGAGGGGGUACCGGUUCGGGUAUGGGAACUCUUUUGAUCAGCAAGGUCCGUGAAGAGUACCCCGAUCGCAUUAUGGAGACUUUCUCUGUCUUCCCCUCCCCCAAGGUGUCCGACACAGUCGUUGAGCCGUACAACGCCACACUGUCCGUACACCAGCUGGUCGAAAACGCCGAUGAAGUCCAGGUGAUCGACAACGAGGCGCUGUACGAUAUUUGCUUCCGUACCCUGAAGUUGACCACCCCUACUUACGGUGACCUGAACCACCUUGUCUCGGCGGCGAUGAGCGGUGUGACAUGCUCUCUCCGUUUCCCGGGUCAACUCAACAGCGAUCUCAGGAAGCUAGCAGUCAACCUGAUCCCGUUCCCCCGUCUCCAUUUCUUCCUAAUUGGUUUCGCUCCUCUCACUUCCCGAGGAUCUCAGCAGUACCGCGCUCUGACUGUCCCCGAGCUCACCCAGCAGAUGUUCGAUGCCAAGAACAUGAUGUGCGCUUCCGACCCUCGCCAUGGACGUUACCUGACAGCCUGCGCCCUCUUCCGAGGCCGCAUGUCCACCAAAGAAGUCGAUGAGCAGAUGCUGAACGUCCAGAACAAGAACUCGUCCUACUUCGUUGAGUGGAUCCCCAACAACAUGAAGAGCGCCGUUUGUGACAUCCCGCCCAAGGGACUCAAGAUGAGUGUCACGUUCGUUGGCAACAGCACUGCUAUUCAAGAAAUGUUCAAGCGUGUCUCCGAGCAAUUCACUGCUAUGUUCAGGAGAAAGGCCUUCCUUCACUGGUACACCGGAGAGGGUAUGGACGAGAUGGAGUUCACUGAAGCCGAAUCGAACAUGAACGACUUGGUGUCCGAAUACCAGCAAUACCAGGACGCAACGGCGGAGGAAGAGGGCGAAUUUGACGAGGAAGAAGGCGCCAUGGAUGCUGACGGCGAAGCAUAA